AUUGUGAUGGCAGAGACCGCACCAGCUGCACCUCCUGCUGAAAGCGCCGCUCCUGCCAAGAAGCAGCAGAAGAAGAAGGCGGCUGUAUCUGGGGGAGCCAAGAAAAGCCGCCCAGUAAAGUCCGGUCCCAGCGUGUCCGAGCUGAUUUUCAAUGCUGUAUCCGCUUCUAAAGAGCGCAGCGGGGUCUCCCUGGCAGCUCUCAAGAAGGCUCUGGCUGCGGGAGGUUACGAUGUGGAGAAGAACAACAGCCGCCUCAAGGUGGCGCUCAAAGCCUUGGUGAGUAAGGAGCGGCUCGUCCAGCUGAAAGGCAGCGGCGCCUCCGGCUCGUUCAAGCUGAACAAGAAGCAGCUGCAGAGCCAGGAGAAAGCGGCCAAGAAAAAGGCGCCAGCAGCAAAGGCCAAACCCAAGAAAGCAGCAAAGCCAAAGGGGACGGCGGCCAAGUCCCCCAAGAAGGCUCCAUCUGUGCCAAAGAAAAGCCCCAAAAAGGUCAAGAAACCUGCGGGCAAAGCCAAGGCCGCUCCUGCAAAAAGCCCGAAGAAGCCUAAAGCCGCCAAGCCCAAGAAGGUAGCAAAAAGCCCCGCUAAGAAAACUGCCAAGAGUCCGGCUAAAAGGGCCGCUAAACCCAAAGUGACCAAAGCCAAGAAGGCGGCUGCUAAAAAGUGAUCCAUCUCACUGCUUGCUCCUCACACCCAAAGGUUCUUUUAAGAGCCAGCAAUUCGUUCAAACAGAGCUGUGAUCUUUCCAUUCACUGUAAUGUAAUCAAAGUGAAUUUACUAAUUAUUUUAAACAAUCAGCAAUGAAAAUUAGCAUCAGUUUAUUAACUAAUAGCAUCCAAACACUUUUCUAUUACACAACAGAAAAUAUUCUAUUCAGUGACAAAUACAUUGUGUCUCUCACACAUAGGUAUUAUAUGUCCUACUCUGCUGCUCCCCGGUCUGUAAAGCACAGAACUAUGUAAUUGGUUAGUGAUAAUUAUGUAACAAUAUUGUAUGUGAUCUCUGACAUCCUUAGGGUAAAUACGUUCUGUAGUUAAAAGUGCAUAUGCUGUAAACAUAAAUCUAUCUCCAUGUAUUUUAUAUAAAACAAAUGCUCAUAUACGUAAUGUUAUGGUUUCAUCUCUAGUAGUUUUAGUGUCUAAUUGUUUUUCUUGGAUAAGAUCUGAUAUAGUUUACGUUUAUGAAUAUAAAUUUACUUCUAGACUGCAAACAAUACAGUUUAGGUAUCUAUACAAUAAGAACAGAUAAAGAGGCUAGAGGAGACCACAGCAAGAAGACAAUGUGAGCUUCUGUGCAUUGUGUUAUGGGAUGGCGCCUUCUAUAACAUAAUUCUGGGUCACAUUCAGUAAUGAGUUUCCUAUCUGCUCUCAUUGAUACCAAAUAAACCGUUUAUGUUAUUCUA